GAGCGCGUAGAUCCCGAGAGGAUGCAGCGCCGGCUGUUGCCUGGGGGACCCGGGGGGCUCCACCUGCUCGUCUGCUUCUUGCUGUUGAACAGCUGUCCAGGGGGCUGCAGCGACAUUAGUGGCCACGAUUGUAAGGGCCAAGUAGGAGCAGGACAGCCCUGGCCCGUCCAAGGAUUUACUGCUUCAGUCUUCCGGCAGUUACAAGUCAUACUCCACCAAAUUGUACCUCAAGGUCUGUUUUGGAAGGAUGACACCACCCAGGAUGUGAUGACCCAAAAGAUGAAGCACAUCAGCCUACUCCACCCCCUAGAUGCAUGCAUGAAGGAUGGAAAGGCAGUUUUCCCCACUAAAACCACUGCGAUGAGCCCAGUGUCCAAGUUGAACAGAGAUCAGUGUGUAACUUCCAAAGUGGUUCCAAAGGCCCUAAAACAAGAGGUGACCAAUCCCAUCAAGGAAUACUCUGGGCCACUUCCUACUGCAGGCCACAGCCUUGUUGCUGAUUGA